AUGUCUACUUCUUUGUCACACUGGACCAAAUCUCUACUCUUGGAUCAUGGGAAGCUAGUCAAAACUUUCACUUUUCAAUUAGAAGAUUUGACACUUAUCAACGGUGUCGAGGUACAGCUUUUGGAUCUUGAAAGGAGUGCUCACAAUAACACAACGGUACCCAAAACCUUAGCAGAUCUUCAGGACCUUUGCAAAUUACGACUUGACAGUGUCACUUGCGAAGAUCAAACUUGGAACAUGAACUCUUGGCCCCAAUGGCUUACGCACCUUGAGCUUUCCAGAUGUUGCGGGUUAACAGCUGGCAUGGUGCACAAAAUCCUCAGUGGUUCUGCUCCCUGUCUCACUAGACUUGAGUUAGACCUUCAUCAUCCCCAAGACAAACCAGAUAUUGAUAGUCAGACUGAUCUCCCGGCUCUCAAACAACUCUUCCUCGAAUGUGACUCAGGGUUCUCCAUUGCAAGCUUUAAGGGCUGUAAAGGCAUAGAAUGUAUUCAAUAUCCUUGCAUAGUGACCAAUGCUCUAUGGGACUUGAUGAAGCCUCUUUUAUUCACAUACACAUGGCCUAAGCUCUCAUUUUUGAAUCUUCGACAUACAACGAUGAUCAUUGAUCACGAGAAUUUGCAAAUACCAACUAAGAAGGAAGUGGAUGAAAUAUGGGAUUCUUUGAACAUCAAACUCUUGAUCAAUGUAAAGAAGGAUCUAUUGGGUCUGGUUCAACAGUCAUACCCAAUGGAUCACCCACAGUACUUGGGUGAUAUACUUUCAAACACCUUAUAUGUUGGAUGA